CAUUGAUUCAUCGGCCAACUUAUGAUUCCUGCAGUUUUCAAAGCCAUCAUGAAACUUCAGGAAAAUGAAUCCCCAGAAAAGAGAUGCAUUGAACUAGAAAGCGUUUGUGAUACAUGGAUUUGUGUGAAAUGAUGUGUUCCCACUGAAACCUCUUCCAACAAUAUUCAUCUUGCCUAGAAUUACACCAGGACACAUACAGGAACCAAACAUGUCAAAAUGUGAAAAUGAUUUUAGUGACGCAUCUCAGAUAGAGAUACUUUCCAAGACACAUGCAGGUCAGGAACACAACAUGUUGAAACGUGAGAAAGAUUUUAAUGACUUGCCUCAGCCAGAGGUACAUUCCAAGACACAUGCAGGCGAGGUACAAGACAUGUUGAAAUGUGAUAUGGAUUUUAGUGACUUGCCUCAGCCAGAGGUAUGCUCCAAGACACAAACACGCAAGGAACCAAACUUGUACAAGAGUAAUGUCUGUGAUAAGGUGAUCAGAAACAUAGCACACAAAGCAAUGCAUCCCACAAUGCAUGUAGAGGAGAAACCAUUCAAGUGUGAAAUUUGUGGUAGAGGAUUUAGUCUGGCAAAUAACCUACAAACACACCAUAGGAUACACACAGGAGAAAAACCUUUCAAAUGUGAGUUAUGUAGUAAGGAAUUCAGUCAUGCAGUUGCCCUGAAAACACAUAUCAAAGUCCAUACUGGUGAGAAACCAUACAAAUGUGAUUUCUGUGGUAAAGGAUUCAGUCAGGCAUCUAAUAUGCAAAUUCAUACCAGAACACAUACAGGUGAAAAACCAUUUAAGUGCGACAUCUGCGAUAAAAGUUUUAUUCGGAAAGAUCGCAUGUUGACUCAUAUCAGGGUUCACACGGGAGAGAAGCCAUUUAAAUGUGAUGUCUGUGGUAAAGGGUUUAGUCAGGCUGCUAACCUUAAAACCCAUGGAAGGACACAUACAGGAGAGAAGCCAUUUAAGUGUGAAGUUUGUGGUAAAAGUUUCAGUAAGGCGGGAAACCUGCAGACACAUACCAGAACACACACAGGCGAGAAACCAUACAAGUGUGAUGUCUGCGGUAAAGGAUUUAGUGAAAUGUCAAGCCGACAAACACACCUCCGAACACAUACAGGAGAGAGACCAUAUAAAUGUGAUUUAUGCAGUAAGCGGUUUAGGGAUAUUAUUAGCAGGCAAAGGCACGUUAUGACACACGGAGAUGGACAACCAUACCAGUGUGGUAUAUGUUUAAAGGAGUUUAAUUGGAUAGCUAGUUUGCAGCGGCAUAUACGCAUACAUACGGGAGAACGACCGUAUAAAUGUGAUGUCUGUGGGAAAGGUUUCAACGCCAGCUCAAACCUCAGUAUUCACGUUCGGAUACAUUCAGGGGAGAGACUUUUCAAGUGUGAUAUUUGUGGUAAGGGAUUUAACAGGUCGUGUCACCUGAAAUCACACACCAGAACACAUACAGGGGAGAAACCAUUCAAGUGUGACGUCUGUGGUAAAGGGUUCCAUGUUGCGUCUUAUCUAAAUAGACACGCUAGAAUACAUACAGGAGAAAAGCCAUACAAAUGUGAUGUCUGUGGAAAGGGAUUCAAUCAAGCUUCAAAUGUGCAAAAACAUAUUAAAACACACACUGGGGAGAAACCGUUCAAGUGUGACGUCUGUGGUAAAAGUUUUAGUCGUGACACUGGCCUAAAGUCACACAAAAUGACACAUACAGGCGAGAAACCAUUCAAGUGUGAUAUCUGUGGUAAACGGUUUCGUCAUGAUACCAGUCUAAAGUCUCAUAAAAUGAGACACGCUGUGGAGAAAGCUCGUGAGAGUGACACUAUUGAGAAACCAGACAUGUCGGACAUCUCUUCUGGGAAGCUUAACUCCCCACCUCAGUUACAAAAUUACCUGAUCGGGACACAGACAGAGGAGAAGUCUUCUGGAGGAGAGUUUAAGAAGUCACAUAAAUGUGAUGUUUGUUUUAAAGAAUUCAGGUUCCUAUCUCGGCUACAGAGUCAUUAUGAAACACAUAGAGAAGAGAAGUUAUAUAAAUGUGAUGUGUGCGGUAAGGGGUUCAAAUUCAAAUCUAAACUUCGAAGACAUCACAAGACGCAUACAGGAGAGAAACCAUUCAAGUGUGACGUCUGUGGAAAAGAGUUUAAGGAAUCGUGUCAGGUACGGGAACACAUCAUGAUUCAUACAGGGGAGAGGCGUCACUCUUGUGAUGUCUGUGGUAAGCGAUUUAUCAAAGCAUAUGGUUUACAGGUCCAUAUCAGAAAACAUCUUGGUGAAAAACCGUUCAAGUGUGGAGUUUGUGGGAAAGGUUUCAAUGUAGCUUCCCAUGUACGAGAGCAUCUCAUGACACAUACUGGAGAAAAACCACACACUUGCGAUAUAUGUGGUAAGAGUUUUAGUCAGGCAGCAAAUCUACGGACACAUAUGAAAAUUCACACAGGAGAGAAACCAUAUAAGUGUGAUGUCUGUGGAAAGGCAUUUAGUGAGUCAUCACGUCUACAGAUACACACAAGGACACACACUGGAGAAAAGCCCUGUAAAUGUCAUAUCUGUGGUAAAGGAUUUAGCCAGCCUACAAACCUACGAACACACAUCCGAAUACAUACAGGAGAGAAACCAUAUAAGUGUGAUGUCUGUGGCAAGGCGUUUAGUGACCCGUCAGGUCUGAGGACUCACAAGAGAAACUCCACUGGUGAUAAACAGUGUUCGAAUACCUCUGGAAACGCAAUAAGCUAGAACUUUGGAGGGGUUCUAAUUUAUGCUCUUUUCAAGGUUUGAAUAAUGUUGCAAAAAAAUAGAUAAAUGCAAGUGAAAAAGAGAAUUAAUAAAUUCAACAGUAAUCCAUUUGUUUACUUCAUUAAAAGUUUAAUUCAUUUUUUUUCAAGCUUUUUAGUAAGACCUUAAUUUUGUU